UCUUCAUAAGUGAACACAUCUACUACAAGUUGAACGUAGAUAGAGUGCGGCAAAAAAUGAAACGACGCAGCAUUCUCGAUGGAUCAUGCUUUGUAUUACCGCGUAAUAUCAUGCGAGUGUUGUAAACAUCCAUAAACACAGCCAUGCGUGCUGAUUGCAUCAUAAUCACAACAUUGCUCUCUGUUUUCCCGGUGCUGCAGCAUGUGGUCACUGGUCAAGGGCAUCAUGAGUGUCCAUUGGGUUGUCGAUGUGAUUUCGAAUCGCAGUACAAACGUGUUCGCUGUGAAGUUACGGACAGUGGAAUUGUUAUAAAUUUUCAUGAUAUCGAUUCUGAUAUACAUUUUUUAGAAAUUUUACCCCGACAACGCGGUAGAAUUGACACAUUCGGCCCUUCAUUACCCGAUGUAUUCUUGGAUUUUCCAUUUUUAGAAAGAUUAAUUAUACGGAAUAAUGGAAUUACUAACAUUCCUUCUAAUACAGCACGGCAGUUAUCAAAACUGAGGGCCUUGGAUGUAUCUCAAAACGAGAUCUCUUCACUGCGAGGCUUAUCUUUGGAUAUUCUUUCUGGAUUGGAAUCGCUUGAGCUUUCUUCCAACUUUCUUCGGUCCAUCGAGUCCGGAGAGUUCCAACGAUUGGUCCGUUUGAGAUUCCUUGGAUUAAGUUCCAACAAGAUUCAGUCAUUAUCCCCCACUGCCUUUGACAACCUGCACAAUUUAGAAACACUAGAUCUAGCCGGUAACCUUCUUCGGGAUUUGCCAGUUGGUAUAUUGUCUCGGUCCGGUCGGCUACAGUACUUGGAUUUAAGCGGCAACCAGUUUAGCUCGGUACCACAGGAAACUCUUAGCAUUAGAGGACUAACCAAUUUGCUUUUGGACGAUAAUCAAAUUACCACUGUCUCGUCUUCUGUGGUUACCUUUUGGAGAUCACCAUCUCUGCAAGCAGUUACGCUCUCAAACAAUCCAAUACUAUGCGACCGUUCUGUUACCGACUUCGUCAGUUGGGUGCAGACGGCUGAAGGCGCGCGCAAGGUCUGCAAUGCUGACCAGCGAGAUGGUCGCCGGCGGCCGUGUCCGUCUUGUAGUCAGCCGCGGGUGUUAGCCGGUUUACCGGUUAACGAGCUUAAUCUGCGCGAUCUUGGGCAGUCGGAUCAGCCAGGUGGCACAGGCAGUUCUCACCCGAACAGUGGCGGUGGCUUCGUGACCUUUCAAGUCGGCGAUCCCAGCGAAAGAUUAACAGCCGGAUCGAAUUCAACACGAGAUACCGGAGUUCAACGGCAAAUCUAUGAUCUGACGGAUAGAGUGCGGAGAAGCCUGCCCGAUGCUGGGGUGGAAUGUUCAGCAACGAAAUGCUACAUUUUCUCUGCAGGCGGCACAAGGAGUUGGUCAACUGCACAGUCAACGUGCCGUGAUCUGGGGCUGGACCUGGCCGAAAUCGGAAAUCCUGCAGAACAAAAGGAACUUAUGUCCUUGUUGAUUAAAUCGGUUCAGGAAAAUGCGCACCGCUCAUCGCCUAGUCGGGGAUGGUGGAUUGGGUUGCGGUACAGUCCACGACGGCGCGAGACAUCAUAUGCCACCACGGGACGAAUAGCGUCUUAUACAAAUUGGGCGGCUGGCCGGCCAAAUUUAAUUGGAUUUAGUGAUGAAUGCGUGGAGCUCCUGGACAUUGGCCAGUGGAAUGAUGGACCUUGUACCCUGCACAUCGACAACCAGUUCGUCUGUCAGACCAUGCUGUCUUCUAAUCAGCAAACUGAUACGCGCAGUGCGAGAAGCCCUUUUACUCCUCAAAGACAAUCAGCGGAUAGUGCAUUUUUUACCAUUGUGGAAUAAGGACAUGACGUUUUAUCGAAUAAUGUUAAUUGUCUUGUUGUCUCAGGAGAGCGCUUACGUCAGACGGUCACGACUCCCACAAAAUUUAAUAAAAACCGAUAAUUUUAUCUCUAUGAGUUACUAAUUAUGAACAAGUCGAAUACUAAGAACAAAUAGAUAUUUAUUAAUACCCUUCUGUGAAAUUUGUGAGUUAUGGAUAAGAUUGACAUGCGUGUACUUAUUACGCGGUUGUUUUCUUUUUGCGAUGGCCCGAAGGCUACUGUAGUAACGAAUACACCGGUUGAAAGAAGCUUUCGGCUAAUUUCAUAAAAUCACAUGGAUGUGA